AUGUGAGGGCGAAAUAGAGGAGAAAGAGCUGGAGGGGAGAGAUAGGCAAAGGGAGGGAUAGAGAGAGGAGAGAGAAACAUACUGCAAGCAAUUGAAGCACAGCCAGUCUGCAGAGACGGGAAAAAGCGUAAGGUACGAGAAAAUAAUGGUAAAUGUUCAGUUAGCUAUAGGUGGGUGAGAGAAAUAGAGCACGAAAUAGGAAGAUAACAACAGACAGGAAUAUAGAGAUUCAAAAUGGAUGUACAGUCGGAGAGUAGCGAACCCUCGCCAUGCGAGCCCCAGCCUCCUGGAAAAAUCAGAAAAGCCUUCAAGCUGUUUGGGAAGCGCAAGCCAGGCAGCAUCUUCUCCAUACGUGGCAAAGGCGAGGGGAACAACAAGUCACCUAUCACCAGGAGCAAGACAGUGGACGGAUUAACGGAGUCCGUGGCAGCAGAGUCGGAGCUGGAGAAGGACAAGGAGCCGGAAAAUGAGCAGGAACCAGAGGUGAGUCAGAGAGAGGAGCAGGAACCAGAGGAGGAGCCCCUGGGUGAUAAUGGAAAUCCCUCCAUCCCUUCUGCCGACCUUCCCUCCAUCUCCUCCAUGACCUCCGCCAAAUCCCUUAGCUUCCUGAUGAAGCUGCAGCGCAGCCGACAAGGAGGAGUAGACCGGAGGUUCCGUACAGAGUCUCAGCCAACAAUACGCCAGCGUCGGGGCUUGAAAGGAAUCUUCGGCAGUAUGGGAUGGAACCAGCGAGAGGAGGCCAGCGACGAGGCCGAUACCCCUCAGAGCCCUCUCCUCAUGUCGUCCUGUACAAUCAGCAUGGAGAUCAUCAAGGAGGACAUGACUUUGACCCCCAGACCUGCGCCUCACAGCCUGGAUGUCCCAGAACCUGAGUCUGGACAAGAGUCCCCUGUUUCAUCCAAGAGCCCCACAGUGCAGGAGAGCUCAGCCUCUGUCCCACCAGAGACAACGUCUCUCUCAGCGGCUACAUACAAUGUCACUGGAUCUAAUGAGGAUGUAGCGUCGCCUCUGCCCACCACUGAACCACCACUGUUGGAUCCUGCUGUGGAUCGUCUGAGGUCGCUGCUUGCAGACAUCUCCUCUCUGAUAAGCUUCGACUCGCUGACCGGAUGUGGAGACAUCACUGCUGAAGUGGAGGCAGAGUGGGGCAAAGCCAGCACCACUGUCGGAACCGGACCUGGGACCAAGGGAGCUGUGGCUGGAGAGAGAACCUCAACUACUCUUUCAGCCAAAUCCGCCCCUUCCCCUAUACCAACCCCUGCUCCUACUGCUACUUAUUCAUCUAGUACAACCCCUAUCCCAAUGCUUACCCCUUCCUCUGCCCCUACUACCAAACCUACCUCCACUUUUACCCCUACAACCAAACCUGAACCUACCAGCUGGUCGAUAAAACCUGAACCUAACCCUAUUGUGACAACCAAACUCUCAACUAUGUCCACAACUAUCACUAGCCCUACCACCAAAUCAAGCCCCACCCCUUUAACAAAACCCUCCCCUCCACCAACAACAAAAUCCACCCCAAACCCUGACCCUAUUGGCAUCACUGCUACCUCUACUUUCAAACCUGCUCCAGUGGUAACCUCAUCCCCACCUCCUGCUCCAGUUUUAACGUCAUCCCCACCUCCUGCUCCAAUGGUAACCUCAUCCCCACCUCCAGCCCCUAUAGUAACCUCAUCCCCACCUCCUGCUCCAGUGGUAACCUCAUCCCCACCUCCUGCUGCAGUAGUAACCUCAUCCCCACCUGAUCCAGUAGUAACCUCAUCCACACUUGCUCCAGUAGUAACCUCAUCCCCACCUGCUCCAGUAGUAACCUUAUCCAAGCCAGCUCCUGUAACCAUCCCAGCCACUUUUACCUCUACCCCACCACCCAAAAUGAACUCUGCCCCAUGUCUGGAUUCCAUUACCGCACCUCCUUCCCUAACAUCCUUUUAUCCUAUGGCUGUCCUGAGCUCAGCAUUUAAAAUUCCCUUUAUUCCGGUUCCAGUGCCAGCCUCAGUCACUAGCCCUGCCCCUGUACAAACCCCCUCUUCAAUUCUAACGGACUCAAAGGCUCUCCCUGCCCCUACUCCAACACCAAUCCCUAUGUCUAAGACUCCUCCUUUCCCUACCCCUGCCCCUACCACAACUCCAGUCCCUAUGUCUAAGACAACCCCUGUCUCUGCCCCUGCCCCAGUCCCUUCCUCUAUGCCCUCUCCUGUUCUCACCCCUCUCCCUCUGCAGGGUACACCCCUUGCCUCUGAUCAGGUGAAGGGUUGUGAGCGUAGGGCCUCUCUGAAUAGAGGAGAGGACAUGACGAGUCCAAACGGCAUGGAUGUGCGGGGUGCCUGGAAAAAUUCACCCAAGAGAGAAGAGAAACGUCAUGUUACACAGAAUGAGAUACACAUGGUCCCCCAGGGCCCCCCCACAGAGAAGAAGACGCGCCCAAUGAGGGCAGCAGGGCUCAGUAAGAUCCCUGUCUGUGGUGGAGGCAGGAAGUUGCCACUCCGUGAGAGUCAGCCCACUGACCACAAGGGGUGCUGGGACCCACCUAUUACAGGGCUGGAAGAGGGGAAUCAACCCCCUAGCUUACGGCACGGAGUCAGCAAGGACACAAUUAGUAACUCCUCUGCUGAAGCCGAAGUUGAGGCCAGCCUGUCCCCUGUAAAACAUAGCCCGGAGGAGAGUCGCCAGCUCCGGCAACCCACAGUCUACAGGGGUAUACCACGUGACUCCAAGAUACCUGUCAAGCUGGGAGUCCAGUGCAAUAUCCCUGUCCCCCAAGGAGCUAAGGAUCUCCCGCGCUCCAAGAUACCUUUGUCCAAGGUUCCUGUCCGCAGGAUUGGCAAUAAGCUCACAGCCACCACAGCUGCCAGCACUCAAAUCAGAAAAUAAUGCUAAGAGACUGCUUCAAACAUAAACAUUCAAAUGGUUGCUUUCACUCAAAAUCAUUAUUUUAACAUUAUCACAUGGGCACCCUUUGCCCUGUAUAUUUACAAAGACAGUCCAAUAAUUGUUUUGCUCUGGAUCAUCUUCAUGACAUUCUCAAAUGGCUCUCUAUCCCACAUCGCUGUAGUCUCUUUACUUAUCCACACCAACAACAGCUUCAGAGCAACACUAACAUGGAGGCUGAAGAACAACAACACAUCUCCCCUGGGAACCGGAGUAAUGACCAUGGCUCCCUUGUAUUGUGCCAACUUGACAGAUGCAUUCAGCCAAGGUUCAGGGCUAAUCUCAAACUGGGAUAAGAUGGUGGUUGAGGAGGACGGUCACAACAACGUUUCUUUGGGAUGUAUCAUUAAAGGGGACACGGUACAGUAGCAUACCAAGGUCAGAAGCAACAACACAUGGAAGAGAGAGACAUUCUUAAGGGUGCUUUUUUCCUACUGACUAUCAGAGGGAAAAAUCUACUUUUUCUACAAUACUUUUUAUCUUUUGUUACUCCCUCUUUUUGAAUAACUGUCUAAAAAUCCUGUUUUCUUUUUCUUUUGAUAAGUGAUACUGUAGCCCUUCGUGCCAAGAGAGGGUCCACACCUCUGACGAAACGCAACAAACAAACCAGUAUCCUGUAACAUCUCUGGAUGUACGGCAAUAAGAGCCAGACGACUCUUCCUACUUUUCUCCAUGUUUUUUAUUUACAUUGUGUGGAACUGUACAGACCCUGCCUAGCUGCCUGCUCAUAAAUAACAAUCAAUCACACUGUGUACUUUGGGAAAGACUGUUGCUCUGGAUGGAGUUCAUUAUGGAUGGGACGGCCCCUAUGGAAAGCUUGGACAGGGGGUAAGCCUGUAUAACGGACCCUGUGAAGUUUGAGUUACACUGAGUAGAUGCUGAAUGCUUCAGAUUUUGGAAGGGUGCAUCCCUUUCCAAUUCCACCAAUAUAUACCUAUUCCCCAGGUCGUUGCUGUAAAUGAUAAUGUUUUCUCAGUCAAAUUACCUGGUAAAAUAGGUAUAAAUAAAAAAAGCGGUAGUCAUGCUCAGAUGAGGACAAUAUUUGUGUUUAUACAUGAUCUAUGUUUCCUAUUUAAUCAAUAAAACAAUGUGAGUACACUGUACGUAAGUCACCUUAAAAUGA